CUGCUCUUCUCCCUCUCAGAAUCUUCUUGCCGUCGCGUUCGGAUCUCGCUGCUCCAUCCUCCGGUGCACGUUCCAUCCUUUCAGCUCGCGACUAGCACAGAAAACGAAUUUCAUAUUUCCUUGCCCCGAACAUACAUUGAGGCGAGCAAAAAUAUAUUAAAAUAAAUUUUAGCCAUGAGGGAAAUCGUGCACAUCCAGGCUGGUCAGUGUGGCAACCAGAUCGGUGCCAAGUUCUGGGAGGUGAUCAGUGAUGAACACGGCAUCGACCCCACCGGUACCUACCAUGGGGACAGCGACCUGCAACUGGACCGCAUCUCCGUGUACUACAAUGAAGCCACAGGUGGCAAAUAUGUUCCUCGAGCUAUCCUGGUGGAUCUAGAACCUGGGACUAUGGACUCUGUUCGCUCUGGUCCUUUUGGCCAGAUCUUCAGACCGGACAACUUUGUUUUUGGUCAGUCUGGGGCAGGUAACAACUGGGCCAAGGGCCAUUACACAGAAGGGGCUGAGCUGGUUGAUUCAGUCCUGGAUGUGGUGCGCAAGGAGGCAGAGAGCUGUGACUGCCUGCAGGGCUUCCAGCUGACCCACUCACUGGGAGGGGGCACAGGCUCCGGAAUGGGCACCCUGCUCAUUAGCAAGAUCCGUGAAGAGUAUCCUGACCGCAUCAUGAACACCUUCAGUGUAGUACCUUCACCAAAAGUGUCCGAUACUGUGGUUGAGCCCUACAAUGCCACCCUCUCCGUCCAUCAGUUGGUAGAGAACACUGAUGAGACCUACUGCAUUGACAACGAGGCCCUUUAUGACAUCUGCUUCCGCACCCUCAAGCUGACCACACCAACCUAUGGGGACCUGAACCACCUCGUCUCAGCUACAAUGAGCGGUGUCACUACCUGCCUCCGCUUCCCUGGCCAGCUCAAUGCUGACCUCCGCAAGUUGGCAGUCAACAUGGUGCCCUUCCCACGUCUCCACUUCUUCAUGCCUGGCUUUGCUCCUCUUACCAGCCGUGGAAGCCAGCAGUAUCGGGCCCUCACCGUGCCUGAACUCACUCAGCAGGUCUUUGAUGCCAAGAACAUGAUGGCUGCCUGUGACCCCCGCCAUGGUCGAUACCUCACCGUGGCUGCUGUCUUCCGUGGACGGAUGUCCAUGAAGGAGGUAGAUGAGCAGAUGCUGAAUGUGCAGAACAAGAAUAGCAGCUACUUCGUGGAAUGGAUCCCCAACAAUGUCAAGACAGCUGUCUGUGACAUCCCACCUCGUGGCCUCAAGAUGGCAGUUACCUUCAUUGGCAACAGCACAGCCAUCCAGGAGCUCUUCAAGCGCAUCUCUGAGCAGUUCACUGCCAUGUUCCGCCGAAAGGCCUUCCUGCACUGGUACACAGGUGAGGGUAUGGACGAGAUGGAGUUCACCGAGGCUGAGAGCAACAUGAACGACCUUGUCUCCGAGUAUCAGCAGUACCAGGAUGCCACCGCAGAAGAGGAAGAGGAUUUCGGUGAGGAGGCUGAAGAGGAGGCCUAAGGCAGCUCCCCCUGUCACCUCAGGCUUCUCAGUUCCCUCAGCUUUCAGCUGCCCCUUUCUUCAGAAUUUGUGUUUGUUGCCUCUUUAUUUUUCCCCCACUUUUUUAUUUCCUUUUGGGAGGGGUGUAGAACAGUGCCUGACACAUAUUAGGCGCUCAAUAAAUAUUUGUUUCUUGAA